AAACAAUAGCCCCGUGUAAAGGAAUUUGACAAGGACAUCGACUAUGUCCUACUUUCUUCUCUUAUCAGUUAGUGGUCAGAGGAAGGUAUGGCGUGGACCGACAGAUAUCAUGACAAGUGGCCAAGACUUACUGCUCUCUACCAUAUUGAAAAUGAACAAAAUAGUGAAGCUGACAGGGAUUCUCCCGUCGAGGGGUAUAAUAAUACACCUGUUUCACCACCAGGGCCAGCAGGGUUUUACAGGUACUACGUCCACCCUGACGAUAUCAGAUCUAGCAGAAGGAGUAUGAGUGCAUAUUCAAUGAGCCAGCAAUCCAUCGCGAAAAGCCCAACAAAGAAAGUACCAUGCUGUGGGAUAUGUUUAGGAACUAUGCUUAUUUUUAGUUUUGCUGCAAUUAUUUCGGUUUCCGUUGUGUUGUCAAUUUUAUGGACCGAGCCACACGUCUUUUCACAAACUGCAGAAAACGGCACAGCACUAUCUACAAUUACAGACCUUGAAUUAUUGAGGUCAAAAGAGAAAAAUAUAUCAAAAGAAGUCUGUACGCUGAUGAAAUCAGCAUUGGAACGAAAUAAUAUAACGUCUCCAGAAAAGCAACUACAUAACUGUUCUAUUUCCUUGACAAAAAAGAAAGGAUUUAUGCACAUGGUGUUGCUUUUAGAAACAGGAAAUAAUCUAAUCAAAGGUGAUAUCGCGGUUGAUAAUGGUAUUCCAAAAGUUAAAUUAGAGGAACAGUCUGUAACCGUUAUCGAAACAACAACAAAACAACAAAUUUCAUCUUCUACUAUUAAGCAAGCUACUACAACGAUUCCCAUUACUACAACAACCAAAAUGAAGGAACCCGACAGUGUUUUAGUAUUAUCAUCUGAAGAAGUCAAAAAUCUUAGAGAUAUUUUCGAUGGACAAGAUGGAAGUUUAAAUCCCCAACCAAUGGAUUUUGGACAUUCCAUUUUUGAUAAUACACUAUUAUCAGGUUUAUCUGGUAACGAUUUCAAUUUCUUCUCAAAUGAUCUGAACAAAAUUACAACUCAGGAGACAACAAUAGAAGAAAACAAAAAUAACAUGUAUGUGAUGGAAAUAAUAAAUAGCAAUAACGGAACAGAAACACAAACUAAUGAAACCGAAAAUAUGACGUCUUCCUUGGAUACUAUAACAAACGAUCAAGCAAUACCCAAUAUCAACGAAAACGAAGAUAACAAAUCAAUGAUCUCAGAUCCUAGCAUAGAGACAACAUUGGCAUCAAUAUCUGUUACAGACAAAUUGUCCUCAAACAAAAGCGAGGAAAAUAUUCAGAACAUAACUGAGGAUUCGCUUAUUUUUGGUCAAUACGAAACACAUAGCACAGAAAACGAAACUUCAAAAGCAAAUUCAACUGAAUUACCAAUGACUACUCUUUCUACGACUAUCACAACAACAGAGUCAGUAUCAAGCACCAUGUAUAAUUAUGGUCAUGAUAUAUCCUUUCCAGCUCAAUUGUUCAGUUCACAUGCAGUACAUAAACAACCAUAUAGAGAUCUAACAACAAGAAGAGACAUGAUUGACGACAUCUUUACAACAGAAACCACACCACUAAAACAUGUUGAUAGUGCAAACAGCCCGACAACAAUGAAAUCGUAUAGCAACAGUAAAGAACCCCUUGCUGAACGUUUGAGAAUGGAUAUGAACUUAACAAUUUCUGAACCUGUUCAAACUGUAAGUGAAAAUAAAACAUAUGUUCAAGAAUUGAAUGUCAUAUCUAAUAUGACUGACAUUAAUGAAUUUAACGAAACUGAAGUCAUAAAUACCACAUUCAUACGUACAAUAGGAAGCAAAGACGAUCCAACUAAAUCUACGAACCAAAAUGUGAAAUCAAAUACAACGGCUAAUGGAAAUCUUAUUACCAAUUUAAAUAACAAAGGCAUAACAGAUACAACCAGUGAAGAUGGUGCUGCAAAGCAUAUACAAAAAGUUUAUGGAACAAAACUGAAAAUUGUAAGCGCUCAAGUUUCAAUAACAAUUGUUGAUACGAUAGCAAAUGAAUCGAUACAUAUGGGCAAUGUAUCAAAUAAGAUGUUAUCACCUGUGGAUAAGAACGACACAAAUACUCCAAUUAAUACAGACAGUAAUACGAUUACUUCAUCGAUAGCUUCAUCAAAUUUAACCAUUACAAAGGACGCCAUUACGAAAACCAUUGAUGGAAAUAUAACUGCAGUAAGAAACUUCGGGAAAACAACACCAAACAUAACCAAAAUGAGUUCAGUCGAUACAAAUACCACCAUUACUACAAAUGUGAAUGACAGUAAAGAUUCAUUUCAUGGAAUUGUAGAAACAGAUAUUAAUCAUAAAAAACAACAGAAAAUAACUGAACUAAGAAAUGUAAAUAAUACCGACCAAUCUGACCCAGCAGUCAUUGCUGAUGAAGUUACACUAAUUGCGGCAACAAAUAAAUCAGCGUCUAGCCAAUCAUAUCAUAUGGACACAAAUACAAAAACUCUAGAUGAUAAUAUUGAUUCCAUGUCAAACAAUACAAUGAACAAACAUUCUGAGGAUCAGUUUAAUAUAUCAACAGAAAAUGGCCGAAUUGUUGCUGAUAUUUCGAAUGCAGCUCUUGAAAAAACUGAUGAUAUGUUUGGUAAUACAUCCACCGUAUCAUUGAAGAUGACAUUUCCAGAAAUUUAUACUGAUUCCUUGGAUGAGCAUUACGUACACAAUGAUACAAUGAAGAGAAAUAUCACAUACGACAAAGCUUCUAAUAUAAUUCAAUCAGCUCCUACAAUCAUAAAUGAAAAAGGAAAAACAGUUUCAAAUAAAACUACUGAGCCCAAUGCAACCAGUGAAAAUAAUGUCGCAACGAACAUUACUAAUAUUUAUGGAAAAAAACUGAAAAUUGUAAAUGCGAAAGUGAUUGUAGCGGUUGUUGAUACAGUAUCUAAUGAUUCUUUACCUAUGGGUAAUGUUUCGAAUACUAUGUUUUCACCUGUGGAUAAUGACGAAACAGAUACUCCAAAUAAUACAGACAGUAAUACGAUUACUUCAUCGAUAGCUUCAUCCAAUAUGACCACUAGAAAUGACUCCAUUACAAAUACCAUUGGUGGUAAUAUAACUGCAGUAAGAAAUUUUGGCAAAACGACACAAAAUAUAACAAAAAUGAGUCCAGUUGAUACCAAUACCAGCACUAUUACAAAUGUUAAUCACAAUACAGAUAUAUAUCGGGGAAAAAUAGAAACAGAUAUAUAUCUUAAAAAACAACAUAAAAUAGUUGAAAUAAGAAAUGUAAAUAAUACUGAGAAAUCUGAUCCAACAGUCAAAACUGAUGAUGUGAAACUGAUGGUAACAAAACAAAAACCAGAAGCGUCUAACCAAUCAUCUCAUAUGGACACAAAUACUACGACUCUAGAUGAUAAUGUUGAUUUCCUGUUAAACAAUACAACGAAAGAACAUUCUGAGGAUCAGUUUAAUAUAUCAACAGAAAAUGGCCCAAUUGUUGCUGAUAUUUCAAACGCAACUCUUGAAAAAACAAAUGAUAUGUUUGGUAGUUCACCCACCGUAUCAUUGAAGAUGACAUUUCCGGAAAUUUAUACUGAUUCAUUAGAUGAGCAAAAUGUAUCCAACGAUUCAAGGAAAAGAAAUAUAACAUACGAUAAAACUUCUAAUAUAAUUCAGUCAGCUCCUACAAUCAUGACUGAAGAAGGAACUGAUUCAAAUAAGGCUACUGAGGUAAAUACAACCAAUGUAGAAAAUGACGCUAAGAAUAUUACAAAUGUUAAUGGAACAAAGCUGAAAUAUGUAAAUGAUAAAGUUUCAAUAACAAUUGAUGAUAUAAUAUCUAAUGAAUCGUUAACUUCAGGUGUUUUAUCGAAUAACAAGCAAUCACCUAGGAAUAAUGGAGAUACGCGAAUGGAAACUAACAAUAUAAAUAAAACAGUUAGCUCAGAUAUACCUUCAAAUACAACUACUACAAAUGACAUCGUUACAGAUGCUUUUAGGACAAACACUUCAACAGUAAGAAACAACGAUAAAUCCACACCCAAUACAACUGAAACUAGUUCAGUUGACACUAAUAGAACCACUAUUAAUGUGACUACCAACGAUGAUUUUGAUUUCAUGUCGAAUAACAAAUUAGUAAAUAAUUCUGCUAAUUUGUUUAAUGUAUCCAUGGAUAAUGAUCAUACUGUUGCUGAUAUUUUGAAUGUAACUUUUGACCAAAAUGAUGAUGUUUUCGUUAAUGCAUCAACUACAUCAUUGAAGAUUAAGUUCAAGGAGUGGUCAAAUGGUUCAUUAGAUGAUAAUUAUGUAUUAAAUGAUAUAAUGAAAACAAAUAUCACUUUCGAUCAGACAUCUAAUACCAAUCAAACUUAUCAAACAACGUUCGAAGGAAAUCAAACAAAUGCUUAUGAGAGACUUUUCAGAUUGGAUGUUGUAAAUGUAACUACAGAAAUCACAGAACAAAUUAUUAAUCCAUCAAACUCUAAUAUGACAUUGGACACUGAAUUAUUGUUACCAUUAUUGGUGACAAAAGUGGACCGUUUAAAUUAUAGCAUAUCUACAUUAGUCAAGUUAGAAAAUAAAACGGAAUCUUUGAUAAAUAGUACAUUACUAAGUUAUAUAGAAAAACUUAAUAAAGAGAACUCGGACAAUACUUCAUCCAAUAUAACGUUGCUUGAAUUCAGCAACCGAACACUACCAUUAGAUGACCAGAUUAUUGAUGAACGGGAUAACAAUAUGACAGACGUUAUUGUCCAGGAUUCACAUAAUGAUUCACGAGCAAAUUUUACUCAUAAUUCAAUUGAUAAAACUGACAACUUAACAGCGAGAUCUGACCAAAAUGUCACAAAUAAUUUGAUAGAUAUAAAUGGAAUAUCUCCUGAAUUGGCAAUACCAGUCGAUGAUGCCACAGCUAAUGACUCGAUACAUACAGAUGCUCCAAGAAAAGACGUGUUAACAGCCAAUGGAUAUACAGAUGGUAAUACAACUGUUAUGAAUAACACUACAACUGGUGUAUCGAUACCUAUUGAAAUCAGACCUGAAAACUCCACGUCGAAAAAUGUCACUAAUGUUAUAUUGAGUAACUUUAAAGAUGAAAAUAUCACAUUACUGAGGAAUGUUUCAAAACUUGAUGUACACAAACAAAUUAGUAUCUCAAAUGAUGGAGCAGAAGAAAUAAUAAACAAUACUGCAAUUGACAAUAUCAAUUAUUUUAAGCGAAAUGCUACAGAACCUCUGUAUAAAGCAACUAACAACUCUUUACCAGAAAAUGUGACAAUGGAAUCAAUGCCAGCAGCUGACAAUAAUUUAACCAAUGUGGAAAACGAAUAUUUAACAAACAUAAAUAGCAAAAUUAAUAGGACGGAGUCAAUUGAAGAAACCAAUAAGACUACCGAUAGUUCGGCUAGCAGUUUGGAUCCAAAUGCAACAAACGUCAACACACUGUUUUUAACUGGAAAUUUAACAGACUAUAUUGAAGAAUCAACAAAUGCAUUGGCAAUUGUAAACGAAGAACAUAAUAAUGUUUCUAACAUUAAAGUAGAUAAUGAUACUAAAUCCAUGGUAACAGUUUUAUCUGGCAAUAAUACAAGACAUGUGAUUAACACAGAAUCAGCCGAAAGAACAAUAGCCAAUAAUACAGUACAUGAAAUACAAAUACUUAGGGAUGCAGUAAAGAUUAAUGACACGACCAUAUCUUCAGUUUCAGUAUCAAAUGUUACCCAAGAAAAUAACAGCGUUAUGUUCCAUAGAAGUGUAUUAACAGACAACAUCACGGAUAUAACAGAAUCUUCAGCUGUUAAUGUUACAAUUCAAUUACAGCAUAUCACGAAGAAAAGAAACGAAAGUGAACGUAAUUUUACAAUACCCAGUAAUGAUUCUGUAGAAGAUAACAGUAAUUUGAAUUCGUCGUUACUUGCAACAUCCGCAGUAAAUAUCACUGUUCCAGAUAAUGUUAGUAUUGUUUCACAUUUAGUCAACAAUACAGUGGUUAAUCUGACAUCAUCUGUAGAUCUUCCAGUAAGAGCAGACGGAAUAAGACUAGAAGACGUCAUCUUUGAUAAAAUAUCCAACAUUUCUGUACCUGAGAUGUCGAAAUCUUCUGCUCCAACUAUAGUUGAUACAACAGUACUAACUGAUACGACAAAUACUAACGAAACAAACUUACUCUACAUCAACGCUUUGAACGCAACGGUACAAAAUAAGAAACGCCACAAUGAGGAUGCAACAAAAGUUGAUCAAGUUAUGGGUACAACAACAACUACUGAUACCGCAACAUCAUUUGCAACAAUACCAUUAGAUAAUUCAGAUCCUACCGGGUUAAAUAUACCUAAUACAACAGUUAUUUAUAAAGGGAACACACCAGUGUUAAGUAAUACGGAAACAAGUACCAUACAGAGUAUUACACAAGUAGAUGUAAAACAGGCUGGAAUUUCAUCAGCUACUCCUUUUAUUAUAGACACGCAACCUUCAAAGGUAAUAUCUAUUGCUCCUACAACCAUACAGCCUUCUACGAAAAAAUCUGAUGUUUCGACCAAACCUUCACAGAGCAGUACAACUUCUCCAGCAAUUUCUACAGCAAGGUUUACUGUGAAGAGAUCGAUAACAAAUGUAACCAAAAAACCACCUGGUCCAAAUUCCGGGCUAUCAAGUAAAUCUAAUGUAAGCGAACGUGAAGGUACAACAGCUCCGAAAAGAGAUACGACAACAAAAGCAACAAAACUUAAAACAGGAGGAUUUAAUUCUGGCUCAAACAGCUUUUUCUUAUUUGACGUUAACCUGCUUGGUCAAAAUGCAUUCCCGUUUUCAAAUCUAGGUGGAAAGUGA